GGGACGAGAUUUAUCGAGUAUGCGUAUUAUUUAUUUGUUAGCUUUCUAUCAUUAUGUCUUUAGUUGAAAAUUGAAAUUGAUUACUCGAUUUAUCUUGAAACAUCAUUUGAUCAAGACUUCUAGUGUUUGUGCACAAUGUUGGGCCAAGAGUCUGGUUUCUUACAUCACAUUCAAACUCUUGCUAAUACUUCUACCGGGCUUGCUCUUUCGAAUUCAACUAAGCAGCGGCCCAGCCAUUUCUGCCUGAGAUUCGAUAGCCACGGGUCUCGCUCAGAACUUCCAUCGAACACCCAGCAAUCUAGGACCGACUUCCAUUACAAUAACCUUUAUUCUAAUACACGUGGCAAAAGCUUAGAAGCCUUUUAGCACACGUUUCACCCACCCAACUUUAGCUCCUUCCUUUUUCAUUUCGAAAUUCGAAGCCUUCCUUCUGAUUUUUCAUCGUCGCAGAACGCAGAGAACAAAAAGAUAAUGCACCGCUACAAAUCCUCUCUUCGGUAUCCCAAAUUCGCUGCAUACAGUUUCGUAUCAAAACGGUUCUCUCACCUCGAAACCGCCGGGCCCCUGGCCUCGCUCCUCAGGUCCCGCUCUGUGGUCCGCUUCCGAGGUCCUGAUACUUUGAAGUUCCUCCACGGCCUGCUGACGAACGAUGUACGGAGGUUCGGUGAACCUCUGGGCGAGAGAACCUCGAACUUGCCCACGCCCAAUUUGCCCGCCUUGUCUGUCCCUCCCAUGUACGCCGCGCUCUUGACCCCUCAAGGAAGGUUUCUGUACGACCUGUUCUUGUACAUGCCGCCGAGGCCUGAGGCCAAGCUCGAUAGGAACGGUUCCGGACCCGGUUCGAACUCGGACGAGUCGUUCCAGCUGUUUGCGGAUGUGGAUGCAACUGUUUUGGAUGAGCUCUUGCAGACCUUCAGGAAAUACCGAUUGAGGUCUAAGGUUGAGAUUGAGAAUGUCGCAGAAGACUUCUCUUGCUGGCAGCGUUAUGGUGGGAACCUUUCUGAAAGGUUGUUAUCUGCAGAAGAACCAGAGGCUGCCAGUGUUGGCUGGGGUGGUGGUGUUGAUCGCACUGGAGUGUCAGCUUCACAUGGAGUUAAUCUUGGAUGGCAUUGGUUUAAGGAUCCCAGAUUGGAUUCUCUUGGUUUCAGGGGGAUCUUCCCAGCGGACACAAUACCACCUUUGGUUGAGGCUGACAAAGAAACAGAUGAACAGAAUUAUCUACUCUGGAGGUUGCAGAAGGGGGUUGCAGAAGGCUCGACUGAAAUUCCAAAAGGAGAGGCAAUUCCACUUGAAUACAAUCUCGCGGGUCUGAAUGCAAUAAGCUUUGACAAAGGGUGCUACGUGGGCCAGGAGCUUGUUGCUCGUACACAUCACCGGGGUGUCAUUCGCAAGCGUGCAGUUCCUUUAAGGUUUCUCAGUGAUAGUGGAGAAGAGGUGGAGCAGAAAGUCGCUCCUGGCUCAGAAGUAAAGGACGAUACCUCCCACAAGAAGGUAGGUACGGUGACAACUGCACUAGGGUGUCGUGGGCUGGGACUUCUGCGGUUGGCGGAUGCCUUCAAAGGAUUGGGUGCAUUGACUAUACAAGGAUGCGAGGAUGUGAAGGUCGAGGCUAUUAGACCAGAUUGGUGGCCUGCCGAAUGGUUUCAAGAGCAUCAACAGCACAGUGCUGUUGCUUAAGAGUAAUCCCCCUGUCUUAGCGAGUAUGCUGGCCGUGAAUCUUCUUCGAAGGGUGGAAACCUCGUAGCUCUUCAGUUUUUUUGCCUUCUUCUUAGAAAUAAAAUGGGGCCGUUCUUUAAUCUUUAUUGAAAGAAAUAAAGGAAGAGAAUUUUUGUACAAAACCCUGAUUUGCAUAUUAUUGGGUUUUUGCUCAUUCGGCUUUAGUCCCACAUUGGUGGAGAAUAAAAGAGAAGAUAGGCCAAGACUUACAAAAGGAGAUUUAGCCUUUUUGGUAAAAUGCACCAAUCAGAAGUUUAGUUAGUAAUUUUUUACUUUAGUUAAAUUUCUCUAUUGUCUUUUUUAUAAAAUGAGAAGAGAUGUAAAGUUAAAAUUUUGCUUAUAGGGAAGCUGAGGGUGUAUUUGGGAUGAGAAGAAAAAUUAUGUGAUUGUAAUAAUUUUUUAUAUAUUAGAUUUUCUUAUCUA